GACAUCAAUCAGAAGUCAAGCUUCGAAGUUAACACAACUCUAUCAAAAUGAUGAAAUUCUUCGCCGUUGUCCUGUGCGCUCUGUUCGCCGCCGCUGCUGCCAGUCCUGGUCUGUUGGCCUACAACGCUCCUCUGGCCUACUCCACCCCCCUGGCUUACAGCUCCCUGCCAGCUGCCACUCCCCUCGCCUACACCGCCGCCUACACCUCUGCCUACGCCCCCUAUGUUGCCCCCUAUGCCAGCAGCUACAGUGCCCACAGUGUGGCUCACAGUGCCGCUGUGCCAGCCGUUUAUGCCGCCGCCCCUGUGGCCACCAUCCUGAAGAAGUAAGAAGAUGUCCUAGGAUGCUGAAGGGAUCCUGUGCCAGGAUGCCGCACGUGUUCACCAGACAUCGUCAGAAGCAGAGAAAGAUACAGAUACAGAUAGAGAUACAGGCGGAGAUGGAGAUACACGCUCGGAGGCAAAUACAAAUAAAAACGCAAUGCAUCAGGCCCACGCAAUGACCGACUGAGAA